AUGGACUUCCGUUCAGUGAUUGUUUUCGGACCAACUGGUGCUGUGGGCUCCGCGACGGCAAGAGCCGCCCACCACCAUGGUGCCAAAGUUACACUGGCUAUGCGUGAUACCACGAAACCUAUCCAAGGGCUCAGUCCCUCGCAGGAGGCGACUGAUGGCUACGAGCGUGUCUAUGCCGAUCUCUCACUGCCAGACACCAUCCGCUCAGCGGUUUUGCAAACUGGAGCGAAGCAUGCCUUCAUCUACAUGGUCUUCGACUCCUCAGACCAUAUGCGGGCAAGUUUAGAAGCCCUCAAGGAUGCCGGAAUCGAAUCGGUAGUGCUGCUUAGUAGUAUCAGCGUCCAUGGCGAUCUUCAUGCUGUUCCAUCCAACGACCUGAUUGGCUUCGCUCAUGCUCAAGUGGAGAUAAACCUGCUGGAAAUAUUUGGGAAGGAGGGAUUUACGGCCGUCCGGCCGGCCUUCUUCGCAAGCAACUCAUUCUGGUGGGCACAUCAGAUAGCUACUGAAGCUGAAGUGAAGACCGCUUUCCCUGAUGUGCGGCUGGAUUUUAUCUCCCCGGAGGACAUCGGCGCUGUCUGCGGGGCGUUUCUUGCCGGCGCUGCUCUUCCUGCUGAAGGCGACCAGGGGCAGAACAUUGCUUAUCUAGUUGGGCCGGAAUUGCUCUCAGUGGCAGAAGCCAUCGAGACCAUUGGACGUGUCCUUGGAAAGAAUGUCCGUGUCACCACUGUCACUGACGAGGAGAACCUCGAAAUCAUGGUGACCAAGAGCGGGAUCCCGAGACCACUUGCAAAGCACCUGAUUGCACAAUUCGCCCAAACGCGGGAUGGGGCGGGCUCCAUUGGGUCCGGAGCUUUCCACCAACAUUGUGCAAACAUUGAGCGAUACCUGGGGCGGCCUCCAACGAGGUUCGAGCAGUGGGUGGAGCAGAAUAAGGAAAAUUUUGGCUCUUGA